AUGGGAGAUGAGAACCUGAAUAAGCAGGCGUACGACUUGGCCAAGACUCUGCUGAAGAGGACCGUUCAGACCAUAGAAACAUGUAUCGCAAACUUCUUUAACCAGGUGCUGGUGAUGGGCAAGUCUUCAGUCAGUGAUCUGUCAGAACACGUGUUUGAUCUGAUCCAGGAGCUGUUCUCCAUCGACCCUCUGCUGCUCACGUCCGUCAUGCCCCAGCUAGAGUUUAAACUCAAGAGUAAUGACGGAGAAGAACGGCUAGCUGUGGUCAGACUGCUGGCCAAGCUGUUUGGAGCCAAAGACUCAGAACUGGCCACUCAGAACAGACCGCUGUGGCAAUGCUUCCUGGGACGGUUCAAUGACAUCCAUGUCCCAGUGAGGCUCGAGUCGGUCAAGUUCGCUUCCCACUGUCUGAUGAACCAUCCAGACCUGGCCAGAGACCUCACAGAGUUCCUGAAAGUGCGAUCACAUGACCCAGAGGAGGCGAUCCGACACGACGUCAUCGUAACGAUCAUCAACGCGGGGAAGAAAGACCUGAACCUGGUUAACGACCAACUGCUGGGCUUCGUUAGGGAGAGGACCCUGGACAAGAGGUGGAGGGUACGUAAGGAGGCGAUGAUGGGUUUGGCCCAGUUGUUUAAGAAGUACUGUCUCCAUCAUGAGGCUGGGAAGGAACAGGCCCAGAAGAUCUCCUGGAUCAAAGACAAGCUGCUCCACAUCUACUACCAGAACAGCAUCGACGACAAGUUGUUAGUAGAGAAGAUAUUUGCUCAGUACAUGGUUCCUCACAGUCUGGACACUGAGGAGAAGAUGAAAUGUCUUUACUAUCUGUAUGCCUGUCUGGAUACCAACGCUGUCAAGGCUCUGAAUGAGAUGUGGAAGUGUCAGAACAUGUUGAGAGGUUUGGUCAGAGAACUGCUGGACCUUCACAAACUACCUGCCUCUGAAGCCAACACCACGGCCAUGUUUGGAAAGCUGAUGACCAUUAGCAUGGUUAAGGGCGCUCUGUUGAAUAAGAGGUUAUAUAAUGUUAUAUGUGAUGUCUCUCUGCUCAGUGCUCUGGUCAAGCUGCUGAAUAAGUCUAUCGAGGGAACGGCUGAUGAUGAUGAGGAAGGUGUCACACCAGACACUGCCAUCCGCUCUGGACUGGAACUACUGAAGGUUCUGUCCUUCACCCACCCCACAGCGUUCCACUCUGCUGAGACGUAUGAGUCUCUGCUUCAGUGUCUGAAGAUGGAGGAUGACAAGGUGGCCGAGGCGGCCAUUCAGAUCUUCAGGAACACCGGACAGAAAAUAGAGACCGAACUACAGCAGAUACGAUCGACCCUGAUCCCAGUCCUUCAUCAGAAGGCUAAACGUGGGACCCCCCACCAGGCCAAACAGGCUGUCCACUGUAUCCACGCCAUCUUCUGUAACAAGGAGGUCCAGCUGGCGCAGAUCUUUGAGCCUCUCUCUCGUAGUCUGAAUGCUGACGUCCCAGAACAGUUGAUAACCCCCCUGGUCAGUCUGGGUCAUAUCUCUCUACUGGCUCCAGAUCAGUUUGCCUCCCCCAUGAAGGCCAUCGUGGCCAACUUCAUCGUCAAGGACCUGCUCAUGAACGACAGGUCUGUAGGAAACAAAAAUGGGAAGCUGUGGACAUCUGACGAAGAAGUUUCUCCUGAGGUGCUGGCUAAGGUGCAGGCCAUUAAGCUGUUGGUGCGUUGGCUCCUCGGUAUGAAGAACAACCAGUCUAAAUCGGCCAACUCCACCCUCCGACUGCUGUCCGCCAUGCUGGUCUCGGAGGGAGACCUCACAGAACAGAAAAAGAUCAGUAAGUCAGACAUGUCUCGUCUGCGUCUGGCAGCAGGAGGAGCCAUCAUGAAACUGGCCCAGGAACCGGUUUACCAUGACAUCAUCACACCGGAACAGUUCCAGCUCUGUGGGCUGGUCAUCAACGAUGAGUGUUACCAGGUGCGUCAGAUCUUUGCCCAGAAGUUACACCUGGCUCUGGUCAAGCUGCUCCUCCCGUUAGAGUACCUGGCCGUCUUCUCGCUGUGUGCCAAAGACCCGGUCAAGGAGAGGAGGGCCCACGCCAGACAGUGUCUGCUCAAGAACAUCAGUAUCAGACGGGAAUUCAUCAACAACAACCCCCUGGCCCACGAUAAGAUGAUGUCUCUCCUACCAGAGUAUGUGGUUCCUUAUAUGAUCCACCUGUUGGCUCAUGACCCAGACUUCACCAAGCCACAGGACUUUGAACAGCUCCGAGACCUCAAGGAGUGUCUGUGGUUCAUGCUAGAGGUGUUGAUGGUGCAGAAUGAGAACAACAGUCACGCCUUCCUGAGGAAAAUGGUGGAGAACAUCAAGCAGACCAAAGACGCACAGUGUCCUGACGACCCGAAGGCUAACGAGAAGCUGUACAUCGUGUGUGACGUGGCGUUGUUCGUGAUCGUUAACAAGUCGACCGCCUGUCAUCUGGAGUCUCCUAAAGACCCCGUCCUGCCCUCCAAGUUCUACACUCCUCCUGACAAGGACCUGAUCAAUGAUAAGGAGUAUUUAUCAUCAGAGGCCAGAACAGUGCUGCUGACGGGAAAGCCAAAGCCAUCUCCUGUCUUGUCUACAGUGAAUAAGACUCUGACGGUGCCAGGUAGGAGAGUCUACAACAAGACCACCGGCUCAGACAGCAACACCAGUACCCACUCCCAGCCCAGCUCUCCGGUUACCAAGACCAGGGAUGUUGUGACGGAGUCGUCAGAGGGCGGGGCGAGAGAGAAUGAAGAGAAUCCUGUUAUCACCAAGACGGACGACGGGAAGAAGGAGGACACAGUGACCUCUGACCUCGCCACAGGUGUGUCAACCAUCCCCAAACCUCGCCGCGGACGCCCCCCCAAGGCCGCACCCUCCCCUCUGGCCAAUGAGAAGGAAGGAGGGGCAGGCAAAGGCAGGAAGAGGGCGGCGCCUGCCCAGGACUCCGCCCCCUCGGGGGAGCCAAACUCCAUCAAGAUCCCUAAAGCUGAGGAUGUGACGCAGAUCCUAGACCUGCAGAGGUAAACAGCAGACCACUGCAGCCCAGAUCAAGACCCUAAAGAAACUCUCUCUCUCUCUCUCUCUCUCUCUCUCUCUCUCUCUCUCUCUCUCUCUCUCUCUCUCUCUCUCUCUCUCUCUCUCUCUCUCUCUCUCUC